GGCCAGUUGGGCAUUACAGCGUCUGGCCUUGGCCGAUAAUGUCAAACAAACUUCUCUUCGGCAAAGAGUUGGCCUCUUACGAUGACGAGGAUUUGGAUGAACUAUUGUCCAAAUUGACUGAAGAGGAAAUCCAACAGUUGAACGAUGACUUGGAUCCCGACAAUACGCUUCUACCUCCUUCACAGCGCUGUCGUGACCAGACCACUAAAGCACCUACCGGGCCGUUUAAUCGGGAGAAACUCCUCAAAUUCCUAAUUGACAAAGCCAAGUCAGAGAAGGACUGGGAGGAGGCAGUGCCAUACGAGAAAGUCACCCGUGGAAAAGUCUACAUACCUAAACAGGAGCAAGUACAGGUUUCACAGAAGGAACUUUCCGAUAUGGGCUUUGAUGUGGAGUUUGAUCAGGAAGUAAAUGAGGCGUUGGAAAACGCCACCGAAGACGAACUGGUGGAUUUGGCCGCUGUGCUUGGCUUCACAGGAAUGAUGAAUCAAGUUCAGUUCUAUGCCAGUUUGGAGAACCGUAAACUGGAAGGAGGUGGAUUCACUGGAGUGGCCAAAGGAGACCGACCCAAACCGGUUCCCGAUGAACCCCCGAAUACAACAGAUGUCGAGGAAAGCAUCACCAGGUUGGGCAAGAACGACCCCGAAUUAACCGAUCUCAAUUUAAACAACAUCAAAACUAUGAGCGCUGAAGUGGUAAAACGACUUUCGGAUGCACUGAAGACGAACACGAAAUUGCGCAAACUAAAGAUGGCCUCCACUGCAUUGACCAAUGUCAUGAUUGAACCCAUUAUUGAGAUGCUGCAAAGUAACUCCACGUUGGAAGAACUCAAUUUGGAGUCGAAUUUUAUCACCGGACCUCAUCUGGUCAAACUGAUUGAGGCAAUCAACCACGAUAAGAGCGCAAUCACUGAACUGCAUUUGUCAAAUCAACGUCAGACGGUACUUGGUAUUGCGAUUGAACAAAUGCUGACCAAGACAAUUCUUGAAAAUCCGCGUCUCGUUCGUCUGGGUCUCGAUUUGGACACUUCCGAAGCUCGAGUCCGAGUAAGGGAGCACAUAAAAACCAAUCUGGACCGAGCUUCUCGACAAGCUCGGCGCACCAAGGCCUAAUGGUUCACACAUGCGCACGGCUCUCUUGUGGGCCAUGCUUCAUUCACUCGCCAUUCGUUCGCAAAUUAGGUUCCUUCCUGAUUUUACGAAAAUACCCCCCCACCCGCUAGUCCGCGCUUGUUUUCUGCAUUGUCCUAUUGUGCCCUCGCACUAUCCGGUAGCCCCCUUUUCACGUGAUCCCGGGGUCGCGCCCGCUUGAAGCCAGUAAACGCCGUAGCGUUCGUCAUCAGUGCAUCAGCCCACACUCCAGACACCUCGCCAGCAUGCCUUCCUAUCGCCUUUACUUCCCACCCACAUGCUACGUGAUCACGAAAAUUCAAUCUCCAUUGUUUGUUGUCCUAGCACCCUGUUUCAAAAAAGACCUUUUAUUUUUCGUUUGUUAUCUCGCUAUCUUACCUUGAAACAUCUACUCCCCUAAUGAGUAUGACGCAUUUCGUUGCAUGAGUCGAUCAAGAACAGUCGAAGUUGAUGCAUAAAAUCCCGUCC